AUGCCACUACACUUGAGGGUGAGUUGCCAAGUGUAUGUGGCCUACAUGGAUCAGGAGCAAAAUAGGGCUAUAUUUGGCAAUGAAGGUCCUAUUCACUCUGAUUGUGACUCUGCCAACAGAUUGUUCCACAGGUGUCUGAACUGUGUGCUUGAUUAGAUUGCACUCAGCAGAGAAGCCAACACAAUGGUGGCUUCACAUAAUGAGGAUGCAGUGAAACACACCUGAAGGAAAAUGAAUGAGGUAGGUCUCUUACCCACAGAGAACAAGGUGUUCUUCGCUCAGCUGCUGGGCAUGUGUGAUCAGAUCAGCUUCCCAUUGGGUCGGUCAGGCUUCCUUGUCUAUAAAACGUCCCCUUUGGGCCGGGUGAAUGAGGUGAUGCCCUGCCUGUCUCGGAGAGCCCAGGAGAACCAAGGCUUCACGAAGGGUGCCCAAAAGGAGAAGAGGCUGCUGUGGCAGGAGCUGAAACUCAGACUUGCCUCUGGGGAGUUUCUCCACAGGCCGCUCUACUGA